UGUGGAUGAAGGGGAAAAAUCAUUGUGAUCUUGACGCGACGGGAGUGGCCGAUGCUUCAUAGCCAACAGGGCGGAACGGACGCCUUGACUUUGCAAUCCAGCUGGGAUUCCCAACUCCGUUUACCUACCUACCUACCUACCUACCUAGGUACCUAGGUAUUUAUCUGUUCCAUAAUUACCACAUAAUACCAUACGUCCUGCCUUUUUGACCGAAACCAGGUCAGGUACUCCGGAAGGACAGAUCGACGACUGCAACCUCGACGUACCUACAGUACAUAAGGCUGCACCAAAUCGCCAAAACCGGGCCUCCCAGAAGAGCCUCAAUAGCUACGUUAGUGAUUGUUUCGUAUUGAAAGGAAGCGUCACCAAUCGCUAGUUGGUGCUGCUGUCAUUGGUUUGGAGUUUGGGCGGGUCUCGGAAGUCCUUUUUUUCCUUGUCUAGGUCUGUGCUGGCUCUAAAUAUAACACCAAGCGACUGAGGAGAAUGAGGGCGCCGCCUAAGUGCUUGUCUGCUACCUGUCUAUCUAUCUAUCUACCUACCCUAUUCACUUGCGACGCCCUCCAAUCCACAACGCUUCGCCGACGUAUAUUUUUCGGGGGUGGUUUGGGACUUGGACUAAUCUUUCAAUCGAAGCGAUCAGAUUUCGUGCGUUCGGCUGCUGCCCAACCAGCUUUACCCGCAAUCCAAAAGACGCGACACGACACGACACCUCGGCGCAACACGGUACAUGCGAUUAUAGCUGCAAGCUUUCGCUCUUGGCUGGAGCAGAGGAGGAACAAAGGGCGCUGGUCACUACAAACUACCUCCCCGAAAGUUACCCGUCAACGCCCGAAUACCUACCCCUUAUCUGGAGUAGGUAUUAUUGAUACUUGCUUCCACCGGGCUCACCGUUGCAGUGGAUGGGUACAAACCCAGGCAACGGAGCAAGUCAAGGCCAAGGAGGCGGUGACAUGUCGGGCAUGAUGCAGUCCAACCAGGCUAAUGGCCCUCAUGCCACGGAAUACACGUUGCAAGGUGUUAUGCGCUUUCUCCAAACGGAGUGGCACAGACAUGAACGCGAUCGCAAUGCCUGGGACAUUGAGAAGCAGGAGAUGAAGAGCAGGAUAGCGGCCCUCGAGGGUGCGGCGCGGAGAUCAGAUGCUACCCAGAAGGCUCUCAAGAAAUACGUAACGAUCCUGGAGCAGAAGGUAAAGCAGCAGGCUGCCCAGCUCAAGGGUGAAAACGAUGCAACCAGCGAUACCCAGGCACCGGCCUCUGAGAGAGAAAAGCGCGAGGCUCUGCUCAAGGAACAUCUCGAAAAAACAGCUGCGCAGGGACGUGGAGGCAACCAGAAUCCCGAUAUCCCGACCGAGACCGAUGUUAACCGGUCCGAACUGAAAACAUUCCUCGACCAGUGCCAGUCCGAGUUCACAUAUCUAAUGAUCACACCCGCGAAUCCCAUCCCGCCUCGGGAAUCCCCGCCGCCGCCGAUGCUGGAUGAACUGCCUCCGGAAGCGGGCUCAUUUGGUCUUCCUGCGGGACAGCAGGUUCUUGAGCAGUCCUAUGCCCACCAACCCAUUCGCCAGACUCAAAACCACGUUCGCGAAAUAAAUCCCCGGCCGGCGCCCUCUCCUGCCCUCAACCACCAUGUGCCCCCUCCAAUGCAGCCCACGGCCCAGACAGGCGUUUUCGCCAAGGGCACCGAGAUGCAGGCAGCCCCGGUCGUGCGCUCUAGUGCCGAGAUGCAGCCGCUUUUUGGUGGCGCCGCCCAAGAUUGGCCUCCCUCGAACACUAUACCUCCUAACCGACUGCCCGAGGAAAACCUGGCAGAGUUGAAUUCGCAACCCAAGCCAUCUGUUCGGCAGCCAGAGUCUACCCUCGAAAAUGCCGAAAAGAGGUUUGGUGAGGGUGACGGAGGAUGGGAUUUCAGCGAAGCCUCGUUCACCGAGCCCCAGACCCAGCCGCAACAACCCCAACAGCAGAUUCCGCCGGCCUCGAACCGACCGGACACCGAUGUGUUCCCCAACGCCGACAGCAUUCCGAAAUCACCUAACCGUGGUCCCAAUAAUGCGCACCGAAGGAAGAGUAGCAUGAGCAGGAGAAGAAGCUCGGAACAGGAGCUUUCGCUCAACGCACUGGCUCAGAAGGCCGAGAGCGGAAGCUUUAAGCUACGUUUCGGACUUCGUGGACAUCUCAACACUGUCAGGACUGUUAUAUUUUCGGGUGGUGGUAGUCCAGGCGAGCCCGAGAUAUGCACCGCUGGCGAUGAUGGCCUGAUCAAGCGGUUCCACAUCCCGCGUCUCCCUCACACGAGUAACAGUGCAGCAUCCGAUCUCGAUGUCCAAGCAGACUUUACGCACCGUGGCCACCACGGAGCUGUCCUGUCACUUGCAGCAUGGGCUCCUUCACCCAAUUUCUCUACUGGGGGUCGGGCCCAGGGUGAUGGAUGGAUAUUUUCAGGUGGCCAAGAUUCGAUGAUUCGGGUUUGGGAACGGGGCCGAGUCGACCCCAAGGCAAGCCUAGAUGGCCAUACGGAUGCGGUCUGGGCACUCUGUGUACUGCCUGCCACCCUGGGUGCCAUAUUCGGCAAUGCCAAUCCAUAUGGCAGCCCAGAUAGGAUCCUGCUUGCUUCCGGUGCCGCAGAUGGUACAGUACGACUGUGGGCAGUCAGUGCGCCCCCGCAGAUGACCUCUCCUCAGCCGCCUCCGCCGGGCCGCCGAGUUGGUGGUGGGAGUGGCCGUGUCCGUGGCAACUCGAUGAGCAGCGGUUCGGCAUUUCCGUCUUCCCCGCAGCCAUCAGUUGCAACCAACAGCCCCUUCCACCACACACUUAUUCACAGCAUCACGAGGGCUGACAGCCCUGGCGCCAGCCCGACUUGCAUCACAACCUUGGGCCGGAACGGAGAAGCAUUUGUUGUAAGCUAUUCUGACGCGGCAAUCAUUGUGUACGAUACCCGUACAGGUGAGGAGAUGGGUUGCAUGGCCAGCCUCGAGACCUACGAUGGGACGCCCAAGACAAGCGUCAAUGCAGUAGUGGCUACAACGGUCGGCCUAGACCAGCCACAAUCGGGUGAGGACGAAAGCGGCAGCGGCAGUGGGGCAGGCGGCAGCAGUGGCGGACCAACCGGCGGCGGCCGAUCCAUGGCAGGUUCCGGCGUUGAGGGUGUCAUAAUCUCGGGACAUGAAGAUCAGUUUGUGCGAUUCUUCGAUGCCAACAGCGGCCAAUGUACAUAUAAUAUGCUCGCACACCCAGCCUCCAUCUCGAGCCUCUCGCUGAGCCCUAACGGUCAAGAACUGGUCAGCGCCGGCCACGAUGCGUCGUUACGCUUCUGGAGUCUCGAGAAGCGCUCAUGUACGCAGGAGAUCACGAGUCACCGGAUAAUGCGCGGCGAAGGUGUCUGCGACGUCGUCUGGAGCUCGGACGGCAAAUGGGUCGUCAGUGGAGGAGGCGACGGCGUAGUUAAGGUCUUUGCGCGAUAGGAAGGGCAUGAACCUUGGAAGCGUUAUGGGGGUGUUCCGGGAUGGCACGAUUGUAUCACCAUCGACGACAAUGUCGACGUCAAAGCUGACAUGAAGGGGGUUGGGAAAGGCAAGCAAGUUGUUCGGGGGAGGGCAUCGUGGGAUGGAUUGAAUGAUGAUGAAAACCAGGAAUUGAUGGAAAGACAUGGUGCAGCGACUAAGAACAUACCUGAGCUCAAGCCCAUGCAUGGGGGCUCUAUCUUCGAAUCCCUCUCACUGAGAGAAAGGCGGAGGUGGCCUGUACCAUUCUCAUCUCCAGUCUCUGUGUUUGAGCAGACUGCCGAGCUUUAUCAUCAAGACCUCGACUUUGCAGACCUCGGCAAUAUCCCGAGCGCGUUAAUGUCAACGACGUCUGGGAGCAGCUCAAGCAAGUACUUGGGUAUCUCCAAUGCCAUGGAUCCGGGUUAUGCUGUGCCUCGGUCGUUUCUUGCUUCUGGGUCCAGGUCAGCGUUGCAAUCAGCCCUACCGACGGCGUCUGGAGUUAAUGGAGAUGAGGAAGAGGAAGAAUUUAUGGACGGCCGUGGUAAUCAUGCCCAGUGAUUCGAAGACUCCAAUCUCUUUUUGUUUUUUUGUAAUGUUUCUUGCUUUUCUGUCGCACCAGCGUUCGUACAUUCUCGUCGUUGUUCACAUUUGUCAAACCGCCAUUGGAGCUGUCAUUUUGUUCCCCUUUGUAUCCAAAGGGAUGCUGGGGCUCGUCUAAUACUGGCAUUCUGGUGGGCGUGCUCUUUUGUCGAGUCUUACUUAGAGCGGGAUGGGCAGGGUAUCUAUUUAUAUUUAUUUUUCUUUCUUUUCGCUGUCCCUGGAGGCGGGACAGGGGCCCGUGAAUACAGCCCAGGUUUUCUUUCACCAACGUCAGCAUUGUACUAUAGCAGUAUACGGAGAAGACAUUAUUUGGCAUGAGUGAGAAAUUUCACGUUUUGAC